AUGCAAAGGAAUUUCCUGCACACGUUUACCGUUUACAGCCUGGUUUCAGUAGGCUGUAAACGAUGUGGUGGUACUGUAGGCGCCAUUUUGACUUGUCCCCUGGAAGUGGUCAAAACCAGGUUGCAGUCGUCUUCCAUCACACUGUACAUCUCUGAAGUCCAGCUCAGCACCGUUAAUGGAACCAGCGUCGCCCGUGUUUCUCCACCGGGACCCCUGCAUUGUCUCAAGCUGAUCUUGGAGAAAGAAGGUCCUCGCUCGCUGUUCAGAGGACUUGGCCCCAACCUUGUGGGAGUGGCACCUUCCAGGGCAAUCUACUUCGGAGCCUAUUCAACAGCCAAGGAGAAGCUGAAUGGCGUUCUGGAGCCAGACUCGACCCAGGUGCACAUGUUGUCCGCCGGGAUGGCAGGGUUCACCGCCAUCACAGCCACCAACCCGAUCUGGCUGAUCAAGACCCGUCUGCAGCUGGACUCCAGGAACCGAGGAGAGCGGCGCAUGAACGCGUUUGAGUGCGUACGGCGGGUGUACCAGGUGGACGGCCUCCGGGGUUUCUACAGGGGGAUGUCGGCCUCGUACGCUGGCAUCUCUGAGACUGUGAUCCACUUUGUGAUCUAUGAAAGUAUCAAACGAAAACUGCUCGAGUCCAAAGUCCACAACAGCAUGGACGAAGAGGACGAGACGUCUAAGGAUGCGUCGGACUUUGUGGGCAUGAUGCUCGCAGCGGCCACAUCAAAGACCUGUGCCACCUCCAUCGCCUAUCCCCAUGGUGGGUUUCGCUUCAUUUUUCACUAUUAUUAUGCUGGGCUGAAAGGGUUAAUCACCAKGAGUCAAUUAUUGUGAUAAUCAUCAACUAAU